GUGCAGGCGGGCUAGUGGCUAACAAGUUGACUCAAUACUGGUAUUUUAAAGACAGUACUAUGCAUACCAGCAACUGUAAAGUCGAUUUUUAAGUAUCCAGACUUUCAUAUUGGACCAACAUGACGCCGCUGGGCUGAAGAGGACGCGAGCCAUCACCAGCUGCUACAGUGAACACAUAGAAACAAACAUUAAAACGUCAUCAGCUAACAGUUAGCAGACAGACAAACGUCCCCGAGGACUGCCUGCCUAUAUUCAGCCAGCGUUUUCCUUCCGUGAGCCAGUCAGACAACCUACCGGGAGACUCCCAACGAAGCAAAGAGGCUGUGCUGUGAAUGUAAUGGUGCUUUCUGCUGCCCGAGCUGCAUGAGAUAUGCAGUCGUCAGAGCAGCGCUGACAGGCUUGGCUCUGGAUUAACACGACCAUGGAGUCAUCCUCUGAGUCCCAGCAGGAGCCUGAGAAAACUUUGCACCAUGCAGAGUUGAGAGAGCACCAUGCCACCUCCGCUGCCGUAGUGUGCGGUGAUGAAACCGUCCUUCUGACCCCAGGCAGGAUGAGCCAGCGCCAGGUGAAGGAGCGGGACAAGGAGAGGGAGAAGGAGGCAGGCCUCCAGACGCCCAACAGGGAGCACAUCGCCACCCCUUCUACCCUCAGCCCGGGGGUCAGCUACAGCCACGGUUUCGAGAGGGGGAAGGAGGACCUCUUGCCUCUGCCUUUGAAAGAGGACUCGCAUUCCAUAUCUAAGAGCAAGUCUGAAACAAAGCUAUACAAUGGCUCAGACAAGGAUGUGUCGGCGUCUGGAGGAAAGCUCACCAAAAAGGAGUCCCUCAAGGUGCAGAAGAAAAACUACAGGGAGGAAAAGAAGAGAGCAACCAAGGAGCUGCUCAGCACCAUCACUGAUCCCUCAGUCAUCGUCAUGGCCGACUGGCUGAAGAUCCGCGGCACCUUGAAGAGCUGGACCAAGCUGUGGUGUGUGCUGAAACCAGGCGUCCUGCUCAUCUAUAAAACCCACAAAAACGGCCAGUGGGUGGGAACGGUGCUGCUCAACGCCUGCGAGCUCAUCGAGAGGCCCUCUAAGAAGGACGGGUUCUGCUUCAAGCUCUUCCACCCGCUGGAACAGUCCAUCUGGGCCGUCAAGGGGCCUAAAGGAGAAGCAGUUGGCUCCAUCACUCAGCCGUUACCCAGCAGCCACCUCAUCUUCCGUGCUGCCUCUGAGUCUGAUGGUCGAUGCUGGAUGGACGCCUUAGAGCUGGCCCUGAAGUGCUCCAGCCUGCUGAAGAGGACCAUGAUCCGCGAGGGGAAGGAGGACAUGAGCACAGUAGCCACCGGCGGAGAACACUCCAUUAAUUUCUACAGCCUCCUCCGAGCCCACAACAUCCACGGUUUCCAGUUCAAUGACAGCGACCAUUUGAAAGACCCAGACCUGUACUCGGACAAGUCAGACAGGGAGGGUGAACAGGACCAUGAGGAGUCAGACCCAGAGGGCCUGGAGAAAAGCGAGGAGAGCGACAGCGACACGUCAGAGCGGCAAGACGACUCAUACAUCGACCUGGACCCUAAUGAACAUUUGCGGGAAACCCCGUACCUGGAACAGUCCCAUGAGGAGCUGGGAGAGGCUGGCGAGGCUGCGCAAACAGAGACGGUUUCGGAGGAGAAUAAAUCUCUGAUCUGGACUCUGCUGAAGCAGGUGCGACCUGGCAUGGAUCUGUCCAAGGUGGUGCUGCCCACGUUCAUCCUGGAGCCGAGGUCCUUCCUGGACAAACUGUCAGACUACUACUACCACGCAGACUUCCUGUCAGAGGCUGCGAUCGAAGAGAACGCGUACAACCGGAUGAAAAAGGUGGUGAAGUGGUACAUCUCUGGAUUUUACAAAAAACCAAAGGGGUUGAAGAAGCCGUACAACCCCAUUAUUGGAGAGACGUACCGCUGCAUGUGGCUGCACCAGAGGACCAACAGCAAGACCUUCUACAUCGCAGAACAGGUAUCCCAUCAUCCUCCAGUGUCAGCCUUCUACGUCAGUAACAGGAAGGACGGGUUCUGCCUCAGUGGCAGCAUCCUCGCCAAGUCCAAGUUCUAUGGAAACUCCCUGUCGGCCAUAUUGGACGGGGAGGCUCGGCUCACUUUUCUCAACCGGGGGGAGGACUAUGUGAUGAACAUGCCCUAUGCUCACUGUAAAGGCAUCCUGUACGGCACCAUGACCCUGGAGCUGGGUGGUCAGAUCACCAUCGCCUGCGAGAAGACGGGCUACAGCGCUCAGCUCGAGUUCAAACUAAAGCCAUUCCUGGGCAGCAGUGACAGUGUCAAUCAGGUCUCUGGAAAGAUCAAGCUGGGAAAGGAGGUGUUAGCUACGCUAGAAGGACACUGGGACAGCGAGAUCUUCAUCAAUGACAAGAAAACCGGGACGGUGGACACCUUCUGGAACCCAACGCCGGAGCUGAGGCAGAGUCGACUGACCCGCUGCACCGUCCCACCAGAGGAGCAGGGAGAGCUUGAAUCAGAAAGACUGUGGCAGCACGUGACCCGGGCCAUCAACAACAAGGACCAGACCGAGGCCACCAACGAGAAGUUCAUCCUGGAGGAAGCUCAGAGGAAGUCGGCCCGCGAACGGAAGGCCAAGUGCGAGGAGUGGAUCCCCGCCCUGUUCGAGCAGGACCCGGUCACCGGAGAGUGGCAUUACAGAUAUGCCGACACGAGGCCAUGGGAUCCGCUCAACGACCUGAUCCAGUUUGAGAAAGACGGCUGUAUCCAGACCAAGGUCCGACACCGCACCCCUAUGGUACGUUCUGGCAGUCUUAUUAGUCUGAGUAACCAGGGGCCGCGGAGGGACAAUUGCAAGUGCCAGGUAACGGUGCCAAAGAGGAAACCUAAGAGCGACAAGCCCAAGAGCCCGGAGAGUGGCUGCUCUUCACCCGAACCCGACCGCCAAGACUCAUCCGGCAGCGAACGACACAAAAGCAAGCAUAGCAGUCGUCUGAGGAAAAAAGGAGCAGACCUCAGUGAACUUCAAAGUGCCAUUGAAUCUAUAAAGCAGACGCAGGAGGACAUCAACAGGAGCAUCGGUGUGCUGCGGAGCCGAGCGGCCGGCCGGGUGGAGGGCAGCUCCUUCCUCCAGCAGCGCGACUACGUCAUCAUUGUUUUCCUCAUCCUCCUUCAGGUCCUGAUCAACUACGUCUUCAAGUAGCAGCCAUACGCCGCAGAGAGAGAGAGAGUGACGCCCUCACACACACAAACACACUCACGUACUCUCUGAACGUUAGGCGUCGCAGUGGGGGGGGGCGGCUUAGAGGUAUGAACUUUGACCUCUCACGAUAAGUGACUACACCAGCCCCCUCCGACUGUCUUCUUCUCUGUCUUUAUUAACCACACACGUCCAGAAAAGUGGAGCCUUCCACGCGAGAAGAGACUUUUUAAAAAACUUUUAACGAGUCCAUUCCAAAACUCCGGGGAGAUCCACAGAUUUCAAAGAGAGAGGAGCAGCGAUGGGGAGAGGUCGCUGGAGCUGAGAUUCUGCUGCGAUGAAGUCUCGACUGCCACUCCGGAGCUAACUGCUUUGCCUUGACGUGACAGGCAAACGCAGGAGACGUUUUUUAGCUGUUGUUUGUGUUUUUUUUUCCAAUGGAGUGAAACCGCUCCAUUGAUUCGCAUUUCACCUCAAACGACAGGGAACCUUUAAACGUGGAGACGAGUAUCACGACUCAGAUGGACACAGAUAAAAAAAAAACUUUAAUUUUAAUGGAUUUUUUUUGUUUGUUUGUUUUUUUAAUAAUUUUGUUUCGUUGCUUGGUGUGUCCUUCAUGAUUAGAGGUCUGCGUGGAACAAAAAGUGGUGAUAAGGGAGAGAAAAACCAAGUGGUCCAAUUUACGUGACUUUUAUUUUUUUAUUAUAAGAUACUUUCAUAUUGACCGGAAAUGGACGAGGAAGACAAAUAACACGAGCGAUAUGUCAAAAGGAAGAGAAGCUAUAAUUUCUGUUGUGUAACAAAACUUGCAUACAAAGUCAAUGUUUCAAGAAAAAAGUCAGAUGUUUGACACAAUGUCAUUGUAUACUGUAGGUAGCAUGUACAGUAUUGUGUCUGGAGGCACAAAUGCACUGGAAAUCAGGUGUUUGUGUCGUUGAUAUGGUCUUUCUUUUUUCAACUUGAGCUCAAGUGGACAAAAUAACUUGGACAUUUCGGCUCUGAGGAGAUUUGGAGCAUCAACAGAAGGUCAAAAAAUUCAGAUUUUUGUGUUGUGUCAUGAACUUCAGUGACCACUGCCCUAGAUCAGGUCAAGAUAGUUUUAAAUCAAAGUCAGCAAAGCAAGCGAUGUAGUGGAAAAACUGCCUUCUCUCACCUAACGGCAAGUUAAAGGAAUAGAAUAGGAAACGCACUUUUUCGCUUUCUUGCCGAGAGCUAGAUGAGAAGAUUAACAACACUCUCAUACAUGUCAUUUAAAACAGCAACAGCAACUGAUUAGCUUAGCUUAGCAUAAUAGACUGGACACAGAGGAAAACAACUCGCCUGGCCCUGUUUGAAUGGAACAAAAUCCACCUCUGAGCACCUCUCAAGAUCACUUAUUAACAUGCCUACAAGGCUAUUUGUUGUCACCAUCAGGAGUUUGCCAGGCAACCAUCAGAUACUCUAAGUGGCUGUGCUCAUAAUGUCAUGACUAUACUAAUGAUAUAAUGUGAUAAUUAAAGGUGCUGGUAGGUGGAUUUUGUUUCCUUUGGACAGAGCCAGGCUGGCUGUUUGGAGCCUUUAUGCUAAGCUAAGCUAACUGGCCGCUGUCUUUAGCUUUAUGAACUGUACAGAGAGUGGAUUGCAGAGUUGAGUUUUGCAACCAUAUAUACAAAAUCUAAAAAGUGGAUUGACCAGCUGGUCUCCACCUAUAAAAACAGACUCCAGACUGAGCCAUGGAAGAGGAAACCCUCAGCACUCCCCUGCUGACUUCAGCGCCAUAAUGGCAAAGUGAAUUUAAGAGCGUCGUUGCUUCCAGUGUUUUUGCGCCUCAGAUGUUCACCAGGAAAACUAGAAUAGACACUUUAGUAAGCUACUAGUGGAAGGAGGAGAUGUACUUUUUUAUAAUUACUACUCUCACCAUAGUAAACCAUUCCAAAUGUACGCAAGUACCAGCCAAACUCAGUGUGUAGAGUAGGAGUCGGCCCCAUUCACUGUGUAAAUAUCCAACAGGGUGACUCGUUCCUAGCAGCGCGUGGCAUUUCAGCAGCAAGGUUCGCGAUGUAGACGCUCCCGCGCUCUGUGCACAAGCCAGUCUUUUCAACCUUGUGUGUCUUUCUGUCCACUGCUCUGUAGAUACACAUGGACACGUUAGUGGGGUACACAAUUAGAUUCACGUCAAAAAUGCAUGAGAAUGGUCUCAAGAAGCUGCUGUUAUUCAAGCAGUCGAUGCAGAAUGAUAUAACUUUUUGGAAAUUUUGUCAGUAGUUAGUAUGUGCAUCGUGGUUCCAAUCUGUUGCCUUCCUCAUUGGACACUUAGAUUUCAAAAUUUUACUCUCAGAAACAGUUUGCUAGAUAAUGACGUUCAGAAAUAAAUGGUGGACGUAACACCCUUAUGAGGACUAUGACUUGUGAGGACUGACUAAGCUAAGGGCUGUGUUUAGCACUGUUACACAAAAAUACUCGAGCCCCAGCCAUCGUUUGUCUGCUGAAAAGUUACUUUGGACCCCCGUAUUUGUUUUUAUGAUCAGCCAAGGAUGAUGGCAGCAUAUUAGAACCAGUACCUGACCUUUUUAACACUGUCUGUCAGGAUUUUCUCCGACGAUGCGAGUGAGUAACUACUAAUUGAGGCAAUUCAAAAAGAGUCAAAUCACCUCUGGACCAUAUCUGAGUAUUGAUUUUGUAUAUCUCUUGGCCUGUCAUGAUGUUAGCCUUGUCGACGUUUACAUAUCUGAUUGCCUCCGCCGUCAGCAGACUGUUGAGCGAUGAAAACUUUGUAACGCUAACACAGGUUUAAAGACAAACUGGUAGCAUCGCCGGGAGCCAGCUGUACCCCCGUAAGUUACCCGGCUGGCCCGUGUGUAUCUGUACGUGUAUUUCUGUGUAUCCUCAUUGCCUCGAUUGCUCAUCUUAAAUAGCGAAUCCAGAUGCUAGAAUGUGGAGAAAUAAGUAUAUACCAGUGCCUUCUAGAGUCGGACUGGGGAGGGGGUAGGUAGGGGGUUUAGUGGAGGAGAUGGGAGGUCGGCAGGGAUGCGGUGGGUGUGGUGUGGAGCAUACAAAUGUAGCCAGAGUCCAAGUCUCAAGGUGGACUGAUAACAAAGGGAAAGAUCUGGAAUAUUGGUUGGCGGGGGGGGCUUGGAGUGGGACCAUGGUGGCAGCUGUAGUCACCGUAGUGUUUUAGAGCGGACGUGCCAUACGAAGCCUUAGAAACGAGUCUGACUCCUGCUCCACAGCUCGCCACGCCCACCCAGCUCCUGCCUCCCCUCUUGCAGCGUCGCCAUAGCAACUCACUCGUAGGUUUUUCCGGAUGCUGAUUCCUGCCACAGGAGAGGGAGGGAGAGAGACCACUCCUCUCCGCCGUCGUCCUUGUCCCUCUCUCGCUCUCUCACACACCAAAUUCAGAGGGAAGUGAACAUCUCUGCCGUCUGCCGUCGCUGUGUCUGUAAAAUAAUGUUUUAUUUAUUCUUCUUUUGUAUGUCAGUUUAUCUUGUGUGUGUGUUUUUCUGCUUGUAGCAUUAGGUCACUGUUCUCUUUUAUUGUUUUGUUUUUCAAUGCUGAUUUCAAGAACAGUUUGUUUUAUUCCACUCCUCGUCACUUGACGCCACACACAUGCGACUGUCCUCAACUUGUGCACACUGUCAAUGUCAACUGCCCCUCCCCCUCGAUUUUCCACACACUCCUACCCUUUUGCCUCUCUGAGUACCUGAAUAUAUUUACUGUAUCCCCAUGGCAACUAUAACUUCCUGGAAGUUUAUGGUCACAUGUAACAUAACAGAAUAAAAACAAAUGACAUCCUGGGGUCUUCUGUCUGUGUUUGGUGUGAAGACACACACACGUAAUUGUGGGAGUGGUGACAUCACAGUCACUGUUUUAUGUGCAUUUCUGUUACUGCAAACGUGAACAAGUUGUCAUUAUGCAAGUCACUUAAAAGCGUAGGUGACGUCAAAGCAAGUGCAUCAGGAAACGCAUCACUCUGAAAACCAGUCCACAUCCCGGCCGAGACUCAGCUGGACGGGAGAGGAGAGACGAAGUAACAUCAGAAAAACCAGAUG